AUGGGUGUACUGCAACAUCUUGUACACACCAUCAGACGUCUGUACGAAGAUGGCACGCCCGCUAUUCGUGUUGACGGUAUUGACUCCGAACGCUGGAGCACACAGGAUAAAGGAAUAUUAAACUUAAGAUACGCCGAUGAUACUACCCUCUUAGCAUCAACCAGAGACGAAAUCGAGGUGCUUCUUCGCCAGCUGGAGAUCACAGCUUUAGAUUUUGGACUUGGGAUCAAUCGUGAUAAGACCAAAAUGAUGAUCGUAGAUCGUGCUAACAUAAACCAGCCGGAAGUCCAAUAUAUAGCGGGGUCCGAUUUAGUGAAUAGCUAUGUCUAUCUAGGCUCCACUGUCACCAACGAUGGAGGCUGCGAAGAUGAGAUCCGAAGACGUUGCGCCGUGCCAAGAUCCUCAGUUGAGAGGCUAACAAAGAUUUGGAGCGACUGCAGAAUAACCAAAAACACAAAAGUUCGGUUAAUGAUAUGCCUGGUCUUUCCAAUCUUUCUGUAUGGGGCUGAGACGUGGACGCUGAGGCAAGACCGUCGUAUGAUUGACGCAUUGGAACGCAUUGGAGACGUCUCCUCAGAGUUCUGUGGACCGCACACCGUUCCAAUGUUUCGAUCCUGA